AGAGAGAGAGAAAUAGAGAGAGAAUGAAAGAGAAGCCCUCAUCAGUACCACUGCGAUGACACUUCUGUAGCCUGUGACCACGGCUACAGACCAUCUUCUGUCAACUCGAAUUAUUAAUAAUUAACGGUUUUUGGACCACAGUUGCACGACCGUGAGGACAACAAACAACUUUUACUCUUAACAACUAACUAACCAACCAACUACAGUCCUGUGAACAUUUCGUGGGUGCGUUUGUUUCCCUUAUGUCCCGAAAAUCGAGCGACCAUGACUAUAGUCUUCAUAGUAUGAGCAACCUGAUGGGUGAGAGGAGGAAGAAAGUGAAGGAUGACGGAGAGCGGAGCCUCAUCAAAGCUCCGUCCAACGCGAGCAUCAACAGCCAGGCUGCCGCUGUCCCUGCCAAUGCCGCUGCCGCCACCUCCACCGGGGACCUGGAGAGAGAGGCGCGUAAACACUUCCAGCAAGAUGUCACACCUGCGUUUGUUUAUGUUCUGGCCGCGUUUUCCGCGCUGGGUGGCUUUCUGUUCGGCUAUGACACCGGGGUGAUCUCGGGAGCGAUGCUCCUGCUCAAGAGGGAGAUGAAUCUCAGCGCCCUAUGGCAGGAGGUUCUGAUCUCUAGUACUGUGGCUGCCGCCGCGCUGUCCGCGUUGGCCGGCGGGUUCUUGAACGGAGUUUUCGGGCGCAGGGUCUGCAUCCUCCUGGCUAGUUGUAUCUUCGCAGCUGGGGGAAUAGUGCUUAGCGCAGCUCCCAAUAAGGAGGUUCUCCUGGUCGGACGUCUCAUUGUCGGGCUUGGACUGGGUAAGGUGCCUCCUUAAAAUAAGUGAGACCUGUGUGCCAAUAGUAUCUUCAUGGGCGGGCCUAACUAGUUUUGAAUGUGAUGGGUUAUAUUGCCCGAAAUCUAUGUAGUUAUACUUAAAGGAUAGUGAAUACUUUAUUUAGCCAUAUACCAAAACAAUAAUCAAACCAGAAGUUGCUAACUUCAUCCCACUACUUUGAGACUGGCUUGUUGUCAGGGUUACUGAUAUCUGACUGCAGUGCCUAGGCCUAUGGUAGAUUUCACCCUGUUUGGCAUUCAAUGAGAAUUCGAUGUACCAAAGGUAUUUAUAGCAACUUCUGGGUGACUCAUAGUCUUGACGUUGCCUUUGAUUGGGAAUGAAGAUUGGCGUGUCAUGCUUAGUAGAAUAAUGUUCAUAAUAUGGAGUCAAACGCACAUCACUUUAGGCAGGAAAAUCAUGUGGUAAAGUAGUGUGCCAUGCUUGGAAAUCAUCACUGUUAAGCCUUGUCUUAGUUCUUGGCUUCAUUGAGUGCAAUAAGUAGAGGAAUGGACAAAGGGUGCUAUGCUUUGUGUGUUUUUGCUGUUUGAAUGUACUAGUCAUAGUCAUUAGCCAAUCUUUGUUUUUGUUUUGGACACCAAUUAAUAGACCAAGCGAGUAAGCCUGUGCAAAUAUGAAUCAGCCUUUUAUCUUUCAAGUACAAAAACUGCUCUCUCUCUCUCACACACACACACACACACACACACGCACACACACACAGAGUAGACUCUCACUAUCUUCUCCCUCAAUAUUACCCCACAGACAUAUCAAUCUUUCAAAACAUAUUGAAUUGUUACUAUUUUCCCAAGAUUGAAAGCGGCAGUUUAUCAGGCCAUAGAAAGAGUUGACAGUUACAUUGAUAUCAUUUGCCUCUCCAUCUCUAGGCGUGGGGUUUAUUUCUGCUCAUGCAUUACUCAUUUUGAUGCCAAACCCACCACUGGUGUGUGUGGCUAAAGAGCUCUAUUUUCAUGUCAUCCAACAAAUGUAAAUGCAUGGAGUAUGCUAAACAGCAUUGUCACUUGGAUUGGAACUGGUGCUUUGGUCAGAUAACAUGAAAAUAGAGCUCUUUGGCCACACACACCAGUGGUGGGUUUGGCGUUGAAAUGAGAAUGCAUGAGCAUAAGGCUGCAUACCUAUUGUAAAAUAUAGUGGUGGACCUUUGAUGUUAUGGAGCUAUUUUGCUCCCACAUGGAUAUCAAGGAUCUGGAAGGAUUCUGUAUGGAGGAAUGGUCUAAGAUCCCUCCCAUUUUUAGAAAAAGGCUUAAUGCUGUUAUCCUCGCAAGGUAAGUUAUUGAAUGGUAUUGAAAACAGGGGUGUGAGAAAAACAAUUAUUACUUGUUAAACGAAAUCUCUUUCUCUGAGCAAUUUUAUUAGUAUAAAAUAAUAUAAUUUCCCAUUUUUUUAGCAUACAAUAUACCUCAGUAUUUUAUACAGUCAUUUUUGCUAAUCUUUAUCAAGUGUGUCAAUAAUUUCGGACCCCACUGUAUUCCGAGCGUACCUUGUCACACGUCCAAUCACAUUUACAUGACGGCAGGCCGGGCUCUUCAUAACUUUAAUUGCUUAGCAUUUCUGAGGGAAAGAGGGAAGGUCAUUCUUGGCGUUUGUCAGGAGGAGGCAGAAAUGCGUACCUUUGACUGGUCUUUAACACAAGCCUGGGGUUUGGUCCAUCUCACCAUCUUGAUUGGUGAGUUGACCUUUAGGUGAACACAUGGGAGAGCUGGGGGAGAACUGGCCGAGUCCCAAAUGGCACCCUAUUCCCUUCAUAGUGCCCUACUUUUGACCAGGGCCUAAAAGGCAGUUGUCCCAAAUCUUUCAUUCCGUCCAUCCUCAACCACAGGACGUGGGUGCUCACAUCACACGAUGAUUCCCUAAUUGAUCUUGCACUGCAUUUCUCAGUUGUCGUAGGAAAAAAAUGCCAACACGCAAACAGCAAGCUGCUUUAUUAUUGUGCACGUUAUUAUGUGCAGAAACAUAAAAAAAGAGACGGAGACGCAGAAUAUUGACUUAAUAUGAAAUGAUCUUCUUGGUUUCUGUCACGCAGAGGUAAUAUUGAAAAGGCAGUUGCGUUCUGUCCACAGCUCCACCAAUCUGUCUUCCAUCACCUAGGUCCACAUGGUGCGUGUUGUUGCUUUCCUCUUCCCCAUCAUUGUUUUGGUCUCACAUGCUGAGUCAUCAUUGGCUAUUGGCAGUAGUCCUUGCCCAAUUGCGUCAUAGCACUUCUCAUACUGCAAGGUGCACGGCCAACAUUUCUAACGUCAGAAAAUGAUCGGGACAUCCAACAGGGGUCUGGAAAACGGAACAGCCAUCAUCGGUGUGUCCUUGACCCGCUCAGACUAGACGCGUCCCGACGUACUGAUCCUAUCCCAAGUUCAUUGGAUUUCACCCCGAUCAUGAACAUUUGUCUGGGACUGCAAAAACAUGCCGAAUUUGUGGCCAAAUCGUAUGUCCUGCAUUAGGGUUUUAUCAACAUUAGGAUAACAUCCCAAAAACAUUCACUCUCUCUCUCGCUGUCUCUCUGUCUCUUUCUGUCUGUCUGUCUCUCUCUGCCUCUCUCUCUCGCUCUCCUUUAUUUUAAUCCACAGUAAAAUCUUUCCAACAUAAUAAACCCUCUUAUACUCUUAAUUGCAUUCACAACCAUGUGUUUGGUUCAAUUAUUUGUUCUGUUCUCUGCUUGUGUAUGAAAAUAAAAUGACUAACAUGUGAAAUGUGGAUGUAGAGGAGCAGCCGUUGACAGAAGAGCAAACAGAGUAGAACCUUCUAUCAAUGUUGAAGCAUAAUAAUAUGCCAUUUAGCAGACGCUUUUAUCCCAAGCGACUUACAGUCAUGCGUGCAUACAUUUUUGUGUAUGUGUGGUCCCGGGGAUCAAACCCACUACCUUGGCGUUACAAGCGCCGUGCUCUACCAGCGGAGCUACAGAGGACCACGCCAAGCAUGCUCAGCUCUAGUUGUUUACUUGGUGGUGUUACUCACUGGAGGAACUGGGUAUGCAUGCUUUUGCUCCAGCCCUGUAUUAACACACCUGACUGAAAUAUUAAACUAAUCAAAGACCUCAUUCUGAGUCUGGACCAUGAUCAGCUGAAUCAGGUGUGUUAGGCUAAUGCAGGGCUGGAGCAAAAUAUCUGCACACCUAGUAGCUCUACAGGUAUAGUUGGUAACUCUAUGAACCACACCUCUAGGGUUGGUCACCCUAGGUGUGUACCGUAUAAACGACACCCCUAGGGCCCCUACCUUUAACAGUAGGAUCCAUCCCUCCAUCCCUCACUCCUGGGUUUCUAAAAAAAAUGAAUGAAACGCCAAUAAAACUUAUCACGUCUCCCAGAUAUUGAUUAACCCCAGCCGGUGUCGUAUAACGGCGAGGCUGCAUGGUGAAUCAAGCUGUUCCCAUGGCAACAGGUAGUUACGUCGUCUGCCGGGCGACUGAAGGAGGGACAGGAAGCAGUGCACUGUGGGUGCUAUUAAUAGUCCCUUAUCGGUGUGGCGCAGAGUGGAGCGGUGAUGUCACGGCCCUUGUCGGAUGAAUCCGGGCAAACACAUGUUGUUUGUUCUAAGCAGUCAGUGUAAAUAUGUAGUCGUUUUGGGAUGGUCUGUGGCUGCAGCAGCUGAGAACACCACUGACUUACAUACUGUAUAGGCUACAGUAUCUCUGAUGUAGUGGAUGCACUUGAGAUCUACGUUGUACACCUGGUUACAGAGAUGACUGAUGUUGUGGUUGAUGUUGUUUAGUCUGUCAGACAUGAUUGAUGUUGUUUACAAUGAUGAGGGCUCUUUAGUGCCCUAAUGGCUAGUGUGUGAUUGGUGCAGCAGCUCUGUGGUUGAGUGUUUUGAUUGGUCAGGUUCUCUAGAUGAGGGAUGUGGCUGAGGACACUCAGAUUCCACUUGAUUGACAGAUGUGGAGAGGAUAUGUUGUUUAAUGCCUAACUCAGACCCUGUACCACUGUACUUGUAUUAGGUAAACCAGUGAACUGAACUAAUCAUAAAAGCUGAAUUUACACUUAUCCAUAAACGUUGACUGUACUGUAUGCUCUGGGGUAAAGUUUCCUCUAGGUGCAGAUCUGGUAUCAGCUUCCCCUCCCCCAAUCCUAACCUUAACCGUUAGUGGGGAAACUGAUCUGAGAUUAGCGUCUAGGGGCAUCUUCACCCUACACUGUACAGUUUUACACUCCUCAUCGGGUCUUCCCUGUCCCUGUCCCUAUCCCCUAUCCACAUGAGUAGGUAUUGCGUCCAUGACGGUGCCAGUGUACAUAGCUGAGGCAUCUCCCCCCCACCUGAGAGGCCAGCUGGUGACAGUAAACACACUGUUCAUCACGGGAGGUCAGUUCACUGCCAGCAUCAUAGACGGGGCCUUCAGCUACCUACGCCACGAUGGAUGGAGGUGAGACACACACACACACACACACACACACAAUUGCUGUACAUGCCUCUUCUUUGAAUAUCUCAAUGAUUUUACAUGGUACAUCAUUUACCACACUUACAUCAGGGUUGAAUUGAGAAUGCCUCAUAUAUUCCAAUUAAAUUCUUGAAUUUGAAUUGGAUUUGAAUUGAAGUAAGUAGUAAACAGGAUACAGAAUUGCAAUUCGAAUUUGAAUUAAAGGAAAUAUAAUUUAAUUCACUGAAAUUCAAAUGCUUCUAUUCUAAACUGACUGUACAAAAUAUUAACAUGCUGGCCCAUGUUGUCCUUUGGGUGGUGGACCAUUCUUGAUGCAUGCAGGAAAAUGUUGAGCAUGAAAAAUCCAGCAGCGUUGCAGUUCUUGACACACGCAAACAGGUGCCCUGGCACCUACUACCAUACCCCGUUCAAAGGCACUUAAAUAUUUUUUCUUGUCCAUUCACCCUCUGAAUGGCACACAUACACAAUCCAUGUCUCAAAUGUCUCAAGGCUUCAAAAUCCUUCUUUAACCUGUAUCCUGUACCUGCAGGGACCCGUGUAGCUCAGUUGGUAGAGCAUGGCGUUUUCAAUGCCAGGGUUGUGGGUUCUAUUCCCACGGGGGGCCAGUAUGAAAAUGUAUACACUCACUAACUGUAAGACGCUCUGGAUAAGAGCAUCUGCUAAAUGACUAAAAUGUAAAUGUAUCCCCCCUCAUGUACACUGAUUGAAGUGGAUUUAACAAGUGACAUCAAUAAGGGAUCAUAUCUUUCACCUGGUCAGUCUAUGUCAUGGAAAGAGCAGCACUCAGUGUCUACAAAACACAAGACAAUCACGUUUUUGACUGCACUGGGCCUUUCGCUUCUUCAUAUUUUGGUCUGUCUACAGUAACAAGGUUUCAGUGGGAUAUAAAAGGUGUUAGGAUAACUGUUGAUUUCUGAGACAGACUGUAUUGGGAAUGCUUCCAAGUGGUGUGCUAGUACAGACAUUGAAAUGUAGCCAACUAGUUUCAGUAAGUUUUUAUAUUCAUCCAUCUGUCAUCUGUGAAUCAUUUCACAUCAGAUGGCAGGUCCAGUCUGGACUAGUAGUUCAGAUCAGAUCAGUGUAAAUGUCAGCAGCACAGAUGUGGAUCCUCAUCCUGCCUCCAGCUGAUGGAACAUUCACUCAGAGCAGAGCAGGGAUAUGUUCAAAAGAUAACAUCAGCUUAUUUCUUAUUGUAAAUCUAAAUGCUACGUUGUCGUCUAAUAAAAUGUGCUUUAGCUAGGCUCAAACACAGCCUCCCACUGUUUUUAGAUAUGAGUGGCACUGGCACAUUGUAAAAUGAGUAUUGAUUUGUCUUGCUAUAGGUCGUUAUUCAGAACAGCUUCCUUGAACUUGCCACAGCUAAUUGUCAAGUGCUGGAUUUAAUUGAACUUCUCUAAAAGCGGUAGCUGUCAGCGUGUGUGUCCUUGCAUUGUUAUUUUUUUUUACUGAUUUUUGUGUCACCUCUGAGUCCUUGAAAGUUUAGUUUUAAUUAUGUGCUCUGCUCUGUGGGAGACCUCUAUUUGACAGUCAAAUGAAAAAUGUUCAAUGACACAACAAAGUUGUUACGUUAGGCUAUUAUUCACAAUGUUGUUAGCCUGGUAUUGAUUUGAUGUGGGUCCUGAGAAAUUAAAUCAAAUCAAAUUUUAUUUGUCACAUGCUUCGUAAACAACAGAUGUGGACUAACAGUGAAUUGCUUACUUACGGGUCCCUAUGCAUUGUUGGAAAAUGACCCAUAAAAAAAGGACUAACUUACUGUCGGUGCAUAUGUACCAACUUAAUAAUUAUCAUAAAAAACAAACUUCAUUACCAUCACAAUAAACUUAAAAGGGGGCAACAGUCAUAAUAUUAUUGGCUUAAGAGCCAAUGUGUAUUAUUUAACAUUUUAAAAUAGUCCUCACUUAUAGGAAUGGGUAAUUGUUUAAAAGUUGCUAGAUAUCCCAUAAAGCCAUCACCGAAAACACAUAUUUUCAUCUUCUGUGUUUUUUUUGGUAACUACCUGUUCUUCGACGGACUCUGGCUAGACUGCAGAUGACACAACGUUUGGAACAUUUUAAAGUAUGCGGCAUCUGUCUCGCAACGGAGCCGUCAACUGCAAGGGGGCAUUGCCAUUCCACUCCAUUGUGGACCUCCCAAUUGAAGUGCAUGACAUCCGGCGCAACGUAACGGAGUAUUUAGGGGUAUUGUGAACAAGGCUUAAGUAGACUACAGACGUGUAUGCUGGAACAUUGCUACAUUGUGGGAGGCAACCCAUCAGUGGUCCCUGCUAUGCUCCAGCUCAUGGGGUUUCUCCUCUCACCCUCAGAUGAAACAGCUAAUUUCUCUCCUCUCUUUUUCCAUCCCUCACCUCCAUCCCCUCUCCCCCCUCUCUCCCUGUCCUCUCCUCCCCCUCUCCAGGUAUACUUUAUGUUGGGUCUAUUGGUGGUUCCUGCUGUGCUGCAGUUCAUGAAGUUUCUCCUCUCAAAGAUGAAACAACUAAUAUAUUACAUUCUCUCUCUCCCUCGCUACCCCCUUUCUCCCCCUUAUCUCCUCCCCCUCUGCAGGUGGGCCUGCCAGUGGUCCCUACUGUGCUCAGGUUCAUGGGAGAAGAAUCAACUAAUAUAUCGCUCUCUCCCUCUCUCCAUCUCUCUCUCUCUCCCUCCCUCCCCCCCUCCCACCUCUCUCUCCCCCUCUCCUCCAGGUAUAUGUUGGGUCUGUCGGUGGUCCCUGCGGUGCUCCAGUUCGUGGGGUUUCUGUUCCUGCCAGAGAGCCCCCGCUGGCUUAUCCAGAAAGGCCUUACCCAGAAGGCCCGGCGCGUGCUCAGCCAGAUUAGAGGCAAUCAGAACAUAGACGAGGAGUAUGACAGCAUCAAGAACAGCAUCGAGGAGGAGGAGAAAGACUGCGGAGGAGGUGAGAGGGGAGCAGGAGGUGCAGGAGAAGCACACACAUAUACACACACAUAA